AUGGAGCGAGGAACAUCGCCAAACAGCCCAAACAGUCUAGUUAGCCGUAUACUACAGGUUGCACUUGGACUGUUUGUAACAACAUCGGAUUUGCCACCGUAUCCAGCAAAUCAUGAAUAUUUGUCAUAUGAUUGUUCAUUUGACAGCGAUUGCCGAUGGGCCUCAGUAGGUGGUACACCGGAUCAUUGGAGGAUUGCACGAGGAGAACCCGAUAGUUUGUUAUGGUUAGCAGCAACGGGCACAAUGCAGUUACCGAGAGAACCAUUUGUACUCAUCGAGCAACGCGGAAAUCCAGUUGAUGCCCUUAUGACAGAUGAAAUCCGUUGUCAAAGGGGUUCGGCCGAUCUUUCAUUCAUUUAUUGGGCAAUCGGAAGUGCUGAUCUGGAAAUAUGUCUAACGGAUAUUAACGGAGAACGAUUCAAUUGUACUGGAAUGCUGAGCUCAUCGGUGAUGCCAGGAAAAGUAUUCCUCAAAAUCCCCGAAAUACAGAAACCAUUUCGUGUGAUGAUAGCAUCCAAUAAUUUGCCUGGAGUUUUAAUUAUUGACGAUAUUCGAUAUGAUGCUACUACAUGUCGGGAAGGUAUAGCAGUACCGGUUCCACCACCUUCUCCUGGUAUUCGUGGAAAAGCUAUUGGGAUUUACGGAUCAACCGUUAUACCACCAAAAAUUAUUCCAUGGACAAGGAGGACGAUAACGACAAUUUCUCCUAUUACUACUCAAACUACUAGUACUAGUACUACUACAACGUCUACCACUACUACUACCACUACUACUGAACCACCAACUACAACGACAACAGAAACAACAACAUUCACUCUACCUCUUACUACAGAAGAAAUAUCAAUCGAAGAAGUCACAGUUGACCUCCCGAAUCAAACCUCAUCGGAAAAUUCUAUAGUAGAAAGAAAAACAGCUAUCCCUUUACCGUCCUCCUCUACGGAUGUACCAUUUGAAUUAAUGGUGCUUGGUAACAAGACGAGACCGCUUUUUGACAGACGAACAGGUACGAUCAUUGGCGAAUCAGCAAAACUUCUAUGCGAUUUUAACAAUGAAUUUGCUUGUCAAUGGGGAGCAGAAGCAGGAAGAUGGGCAGUUAUAGAAAAAGCAGCAUUAGUGCUUCAGGGUACAGCAAUGUUAACCAGUGAUCCUAUUCGAUGUCAAACUGGACCUGGAAAGCUACUCUUCCGAUACUGGUCUAACGGUGAUAUUGUGCUUCAAGUGUGUAUCCUAGGCCAUGAUAAGUUCCGACAAAUUACGUGCCCUCAUUUGAAAAUGAGUUCAGGUGUCGACAGUCAGUUAAUCGAGUGCAUUGAUCAAGGUAUUAGUACGAGGCAUGAGAGCAGAUUAGCGGUAUUCGACCUUACAAAAAGUAUUACGGAACCAUUUACGCUCAAUCUAGUUCCUCAUUGGGAAAAAGGUGUGAAAAAUCGUUUUUUGGUAAUCGAUGAGAUCGCAUAUAUUGGAGAAUGUGUGCAUCCGGACCGAGUUGAACGACCUGUAACCAUUUCCACUACUGUUCCACCACCAUCACCAUCAACUACAACCGAACCAAUCGAUAUUUUUACUUCCGAAGAAAUGAUUAUCACUGAUGAAGAGACUAUUCCUACACGUGUAUCAGUUACACGUAAGACGAAUAUGAUCUGGCCAACUCCGAGGGUCAUCACCUUACCACCGAUUGUCAAACCACUCACUAAGGAUCCAUAUCCAAAAAAGAAACCUCAUCCAACGCGAAUUAUUUCCACUACUACACGAGUACCGGAUUAUCCAAGAGAGAGAACAUCACGAUGGUCUACUACUCAGAAACCACCGUUUCGUUGGGUCACUCCAACAAUGCCUACAACAGAGGAGCCGAUCCACGAAAAUUACUGCGAUUCUCUUAAUUGUAAUUUUGAUGGUAAGAGAUAUGUAUCAACCAUCACAAAUGACAACAAUUCGAUUGUGCUUAGGUUUACCGGAUCACGUUACACAAAUCCUUUUCGAAGUGUACCCGCAUUUACGAGAUGUCCUUCAAUUUUGCGAUCGGUAACUUCGAAAAAUGCAUAUCGAUGGAACACGGUCCAUGUACAGCUACCACCUGGGACAACUCAUUUCUACUUGGUAGCGCACAAUAGCGAAAGAGCAGACACGCGUGCCGCAGUUGCAUUGGAUAAUAUGAGGGUGGCUAUAUGUGAUCCAAGAGGAUUCGCACCUGAUUAUCUGGAUGAAUUCAAUGAACAACAGCAACCAUUCGCAGACUAUGAGCAUGGAAUUUGA